AUCCUAAAUAUCCUUAAACCUCCUAAAAUGGUCAUAUUUUGGCAAUUUCCCAUUUCUUGAAGAUCCGGACUUCGAAUUUUCGGCUAUAUGUUUUUCAAGUUAUAUUUUGUCCCAAAAGUGAAAAGCUGAGUGAAGCGGGCGGGAACUUGAGCUUGUACUUCUCUGAACAUGGCGGCAACGACGGAAGCAGCCUCCCCAAAGAAGGAGGAGCUCGACGGAAUGACAACAUACGACGACGACGACGAACACGAAUCAAAGGAGAGGGUAAUCCAGAAGUACUUCCUUCAAGAAUGGAAGCUCGUUAAGUCCAUUCUCGAUGACAUUGUUUCCAAUGGAUGCGUCUACGAUAUCUCAUCCGUUCACAAGAUCCGAUCCAUUAUGGACAAGUAUCAAGAACAGGGCCAGUUGGUAGAGCCCUAUUUGGAGAUCAUAGUCUCUCCUUUGAUGUCUCUUGUUUGUUCAAAAGCAACUGCACUUGGUGUAGAUUCUGACGAGUUACUUGAAGUAAUAAAGCCAAUAUGCAUCAUUAUCUAUACUCUAGUUACGGUCUGUGGAUACAAGGCUGUCAUCAGGUUCUUCCCACAUCAGGUUUCUGAUUUGGAACUUGCAGUGUCUCUCUUGGAGAGAUGUCAAAAUACAAACUCAGUGACCUCAUCACGACAAGAGAGUACUGGUGAGAUGGAGGCUCAAUGUGUGAUACUUUUGUGGCUUUCAAUACUUGUGUUGGUUCCCUUUGAUAUUUCCACGGUUGAUUCAAGCUUAUCCAACACCAACGAUUUAGCUAAAUUUGAGCCGGCUCCAUUAGUGUUAAGAAUAAUAAGCUUUUGCAAGGAUUACCUUUCAAGUGCGGGGCCUAUGCGAACAAUGGCUGGAUUGUUGCUUGCGAGGCUCUUAACACGUCCAGAUAUGCCUAAGGCCUUUAUCAGCUUUACUGAAUGGACACACGAGGCCUUAUCUGCUACAACAAAUGAUAUCAUGAACCACUUUCGGUUGCUUGGCGCUACAGGAGCGCUAGCUUCCAUUUUCAAGACUGGUGAUAGAAAACUUUUGCUUGAUGUCGUACCUCAAGUUUGGAAUGACACCUCAAUGUUGAUAAAGUCCAACACUGCUGUUCGGAGUCCAUUACUUCGUAAAUAUUUGCUGAAAUUAACCCAGCGAAUUGGGCUUACUUGCUUGCCUCAUCGUGCAGCUUCAUGGCAUUAUGUGAGUAGAACCAGCUCCCUUGGUGACAAUAUUUCUGCUACUAUGUCCGUAGGAACACAAAAAUGCAGUCCUAUUAAUGCUGCUGAGCUGUCUUACGUCUGUCAAAGCUCCAUCAGCUUGGAAGAUGAAGACAUGGAAGUUCCUGAAAUUAUAGAAGAGAUUAUUGAGAUGUUGCUCACUGGAUUGAAAGAUACGGACACUGUUGUUCGAUGGUCAGCUGCAAAGGGCUUAGGUCGUGUAACUUCCCGUCUUACAUCUACGCUUUCAGAAGAGGUUUUGUCAUCCAUAUUGGAACUAUUUUCCCCAGGGGAGGGUGAUGGUUCAUGGCAUGGAGGUUGCUUGGCAGUAGCGGAGUUGGCUCGCAGAGGAUUGCUCCUACCUUGUAGUCUUCCUCAAGUUGUACCUAUUGUUGUGAAGGCAUUACAUUAUGAUAUUCGAAGAGGUCCACAUAGUGUUGGUUCUCAUGUUCGUGAUGCUGCUGCGUAUGUUUGUUGGGCAUUUGGCCGUGCCUAUCAUCACACAGACAUGAAAGAAAUUUUGAAACAACUUGCUCCCCAUCUCCUAACAGUUGCUUGUUAUGAUCGUGAGGUUAACUGUAGAAGAGCAGCUGCAGCAGCUUUUCAGGAAAAUGUUGGAAGACAAGGGAAUUAUCCACAUGGGAUUGAUAUAGUGAACACUGCUGACUAUUUUUCACUUGCGUCUCGAGUAACUUCAUAUGUAAAAGUUGCUGUGUGUAUAGCGCAAUACGAGGGGUAUCUUCUUCCAUUCAUUGAUGAACUGCUGUGCAACAAAAUAUGUCAUUGGGAUAAAGGCUUGCGAGAACUUGCUGCAGAUGCCCUUUCUGCCCUUGUAAAAUAUGAUCCUGAAUAUUUUGAAAGCUAUGUUGUAGAGAAGUUAAUUCCUUGCACCCUCUCAUCUGAUUUGUGCAUGCGACAUGGUGCAACCUUGGCAGUGGGUGAAGUUGUUUUAUCUUUACAUCAAUGCAGGCAUAUUCUUUCCUCUGAUAUACAAAAACGUGUGGCUGGCAUUGUUCCUGCUAUUGAAAAGGCACGGCUAUAUCGUGGAAAGGGUGGAGAGAUAAUGCGUGCAGCUGUCUCUCGUUUCAUCGAGUGUAUUUCUUUAUCUAAUUUGCCAUUGCUGGAAAAGACAAAGCGAAUGUUGCUUGAUGCCCUUAAUGAGAAUUUGAGACAUCCUAAUUCUCACAUUCAGAAUGCUGCUGUUAAAGCUUUGAAACCAUUUGUGUCAGCAUAUCUAGUUGCUGCAGACACAGGCAAAUCUGGCAAUAUAACCACAAAAUACUUGGAACAGUUGAAUGAUCCCAACGUGGCUGUAAGAAGAGGCUCUGCUCUAGCGUUAAGCGUUUUGCCUUAUGAAUUAUUGGCCAACAGGUGGAAAGAUGUGCUUCUGAAACUUUCUUGCGCAUGUGCAAUUGAGGAUAACCCUGAUGACAGGGAUGCUGAAGCACGAGUGAAUGCUGUCAGAGGACUUGUUUCAGUAUGUGAAACAUUAGUUCAGGGAAAAGAAUGCUCAAACGAGGAUGGCAUACCAUUGUUAUUUCUAAUCAAGGAUGAAGUAAUGACAAGUUUAUUUAAAGCUCUUGAUGACUACUCUGUUGAUAACAGAGGUGAUGUUGGUUCUUGGGUUCGUGAGGCUGCUAUGAAUGGCCUUGAGAAAUGUACAUAUAUUCUUUGUGCGAGGGGUCCUAAUGGCUUCUCUAAAACAUUAAAUGGAGUUGGUUUUGAACCAGAGUCUCUACAUUGUGAGAAGGCUGCGAAAGACCAAACUACUUCCUUCUUUGAUUCAACGAUGGCCACUAGUUUAGUGGGAGGGCUUUGUAAACAAGCUGUAGAGAAGCUGGACAAGUUAAGAGAAGUGGCAGCAACCGUUCUUCAACGGAUAUUAUACAACAAGAUUAUCCAUGUUCCACAUAUACCUUUCCGAGAAAUCUUAGAAAAAAUUGUUCCUGAUGAUCCACAUAUGAAGUGGGGGGUACCUGCAGUAUCAUAUCCACGUUUUGUACGGCUGCUGCAAUUUGAUUGUUAUAGUAAAACUGUAAUGUCUGGGUUGGUUAUCUCUAUUGGUGGUAUGCAAGAUUCAUUGAGCAAGGCAUCAAUGUCUUCUUUGAUGGAAUAUCUUGAAGGAGAUGCAAUUGGAGACCAGGAUGAAAGUUCUAGGAAGGGUAUGCUAUUUACAGAUCUUCUUUGGAUCCUUCAAAGGUAUAAGAGAUGUGACAGAGUUAUUGUACCAACUUUCAAGACUAUUGAGAUUCUUUUCAGCAAAAGGAUAUUAUUGAACAUGGAGGUUCACAUAUCGAGCUUUUGUAAUGGCAUUUUGGUUUCCUUGGAGAUUGAAUUGAAGGGCUCAAAAGACUUCUCCAAGUUAUAUGCUGGGAUUGCUAUACUUGGUUAUAUUGCUUCACUCUCAGAACCUGUUAAUUCCCGAGCUUUCUCUUAUCUUCUCACUUUCCUUAGCCAUCGAUACCCGAAGAUUCGGAAAGCUUCUGCCGAACAAGUUUACCUUGUUCUCCUACAAAAUGGGGAUUUUGUGCCGGAAAAUAAGAUUGAGGAAGCACUUGAAAUAGUCUCCAACACUUGCUGGGAAGGAGACUUGGAAAAUGCAAAACUUCAAAGGCGGGAACUGUCUUACAUUGCUGGAACAGAAACUGAUAUACAACCCAAGACUAACACAAUGCCGCCUCCUGAGAAGCAAGUCAAGAAUCGGUUUUCAGGCGCAGAUGAAAACGCUUCCUAUUUGUCAUUGGUUGAGUCAACCGGAUUCUGAAAGCUCAACCCGUCCUCUGGUUUCUCAGGCUCUUCCUCCUUUCCUACAGGCUCUGGUAUGCCCUUGACCAUUGGCUUCUUAUGCAGCAUUGUGAAUCCAUGGAAAUGAGGUAAACGAGUGUUAGCAAAAGUUUAAAAUUGCUUCGGGAAGGAGCGGUUCUGGCGGGGUUCAAUCAAAAUAGUCUUGCUUGGGAGACAGUUUGUGCUUGAUGAGUUUAUUUGUUCAAAAUCCAUUUAGAGGUUGCUGUGGUCUCUGUAUGUUGACUAUUUUAUCCAAUAUAAAUUUAAAAUUUUAUCUUUUAAAUGUAACCAAUGUAUAGUGGAGAUCAAACUAUCAAGUUUUUGAGAUGAUAAUUUGUGUUGUAUAUCUUUCUCGAUAAUGUGGGACAUGACACAAGAGGUUAUGUCAUAUCAUUUUAUAUAAAA